AUGUUCGCUGUUUGCAAGCCAUGGGCCGCUGCUCUUGCUUUGUCCUAUGCCUUCUCUUGGGGUGCAUUUGGUGAGCCAUGCGUUCGGAAUUCUGAAGUGCAACUUCCGAGUGGUGGGGUACUUCGAUUCCAUGAUGUAGGUGCCUUUGCACAAUCCAUCUACACACCCGGGGCGAAUAUCUGGCUGGAUGACUACGUGGACGUUUUGACGGUUGUUUGCUUGAUGGCGGAGGAGGAGCGGACAAACGGGCGCAUCGGGCUGCUGGGGCUGGGCGCCGGCACAAAUGCACGGCAACUGCUGCAGUUGCUUCCUUCCAGGCGCUUCCUUGCCUGGGAGACAUCGCAGGCCGUGCUCUUGGCUGCGGAUUCCUGCGGCGGCCUUGGCUCCGAACGAAUGGAGGUGAGAUGCGACGACAUCCUCUCGAGCACUGCAGGCGCCACUGAGCCCUUGGCCGCCAUGGUGGUGGAUGUUGCCGUGGAUGGCGGCGAGGGCGAUGGCAGGCUCCCCCAGGAGUUGGAGACCGUGGAAGCAUGGAGUGGCCUUUUGUCAUUCCUGGCCAAAGGAAGCCGCUUGGUUGCCAACAUGGGGUCGCUCAGUCAAGGGCCACGCCGUGCCUCCUCAGCGGCCUUGGCCCUGGUGGGAGCUGCAGAGCAGCAUGGUUUGCAGGUUUGGUCAACCAUCUAUCCUGGCACUUUGGGAAAGGAUGGUGCUUCCUCAGUCGCCGCAGGCGUCGAUGCCAAUUUGCUCAUCCUUGUGGGUGACGGACUUUGCCGUGAUCGCUGGGAGCGAGCUCAAAAAGGCCGACUGCAAGGGUUUGUGCGAUGGGUCGCUGGUGUGGUCGGCAUUUGUUGA